CCCAGGCUUUGCGGCUUAGGGUUUGCACUACUGCAUGUGUAGGCGUCCCGCUUUGAAAUGCAGCGGGAUUUAGUGAGUUUCCCGCUGUCUCCAGCGGUGCGAGUGAAGCUGGUGUCUGCAGGUUUCCAGACUGCUGAGGAACUCCUAGAGGUGAAACCCUCCGAGCUCAGCAAAGAAGUUGGGAUAUCUAAAGAGGAAGCCUUAGAAACUUUGCAGAUUAUAAGAAGAGAAUGUCUCACAAAUAAACCAAGAUAUGCUGGUACAUCUGAGUCAGGCAAGAAGUGUACAGCGCUGGAACUUCUUGAGCAGGAGCACUCCCAGGGCUUCAUAAUUACCUUCUGUUCAGCACUGGAUAAUAUUCUUGGGGGCGGAGUACCCUUAAUGAAAACAACAGAAAUUUGUGGUGCGCCAGGUGUUGGAAAAACACAAAUAUGUAUGCAGUUGGCAGUAGAUGUGCAGAUACCGGAAUGUUUUGGAGGAGUUGCAGGUGAAGCAGUUUUUAUUGAUACAGAGGGAAGUUUUAUGGUUGAUAGAGUGGUAGACCUUGCUACUGCCUGUAUUCAGCACCUUCACCUUACAGCAGGAACACACGUGGGAGAGGAACACCAAAAAGCUUUAGAGGAUUUCACACUUGAAAAUAUUCUUUCCCAUAUUUAUUAUUUUCGGUGUCAUGACUACACAGAGCUACUGGCACAAGUUUAUCUCCUUCCAGAUUUACUUUCAGAGCACUCUAAGGUUCGAUUAGUGAUAGUGGAUGGUAUUGCUUUUCCUUUUCGUCAUGACCUAGAUGAUCUAUCCCUUCGUACUCGGUUGUUAAAUGGCCUAGCCCAGCAAAUGAUCAGCCUUGCAAAUAAUCACAGAUUAGCUGUAAUUUUAACCAAUCAGAUGACAACAAAGAUUGAUAGAAAUCAGGCCUUGUUGGUUCCUGCAUUAGGGGAAAGUUGGGGACAUGCUGCUACAAUACGGCUAAUCUUUCAUUGGGACGGAAAGCAAAGCAGAUUGGCAACAUUGUACAAAUCACCAAGCCAGAAGGAAUCCACGGUACCUUUUCAAAUCACAAUCUACCAUAUUUGGUUUUUUUUUUUUUUUUUCAUCUUGCAGCCUCAGGGAUUUAGAGAUGCUUUUGUUGCUACUGCAUGUUCAUUCCAAACAGAAGGUCCAUUGAAGUCCCAGAAACGGUCACGAGAACCAGAGGAAGAGCAAUAACCCAAAAACUAAUCUUAAAGUAUACAAAUGUAUUGGUGCUAUGAAAUUCAUUGUGCACAAGUAGUAGAAUCAUUACCUUAAAAUAUAAACACACACUAUGGCAUGAAUGAAUCAGGAUUAUAUGAAGUGAUUGGAAAAAAUAAUUAAGGAAUAUAAUUCUCUGAAAAAGUUUUUCUAAAGCAGUGUUCUAUAAUUAUAUUUUGCCAUGUUUUCAUUUUCAGGAAUAUUGACUAGAGAUGAUGUAGGUAUUGUUUCAUAAAUGUAGAAAGCUGAUUUCCUGUGGCCAGUCUGAAUUUAUCAUUCAGACUGUUUUUCUCUCUUUCUUUCCAAAUCUCAUAGAAAAUCCUAGGAAGAAAAGAUUUUUUCAUAUUCUUACCAUGUUUUCCUCUUUAAAUAUAGCUUUGAUAAUUCUUAAAAAUGACCUGUUUUUGUUAUUAUAAGAGGUAGUUAGCACCAUGAGUCGGUCUGUCACUUUUAUGGGUAAGAUACAAACUUUAGAUGACCACACUGAUAUUAAUGACCUCCACCCUAAACUCUAAGCCAUUUGUUUAAUUUUUCAUGUUAUAUUUUAUAAUGUAAAAGGGAGGACUUUGGAGCUAUUACCUCAUCUAGAAAUUGUUUGGAACAUAUAUCUUCCAGAAUAGAUUGAUAAGCUCACAAUUAUUUAUGUCUACAUUUUUGAGACAUGGUGUGAUCUAUUCUAGAAUUCUAGGUGUAUUGACAUUUUCCUUUGAAUAAUUUUAAUCCUGCUUAAGUAAAUUAAAAAGUUUGGAUUCUUGAGUGGUUUCAAUAUCAUCUAAAAAUGCUUUGGCACCUAGUUCUUCUUAGUACUUCUCAAUUCAUUCACAGAAUUUACUUUGGCUCCCUGUGGGGGAGAAAUUUAUUUAAAUAAUUGAAUAUUAUAUACCAUGACUAUUUUCCAAAUUAAAAGACAUGAUAUUUCCUGUCCAAGAAUAAACACUAAAUUUAUAAAAUUUAUUCAGUGUAAUGAUUCUGCAGUUGGUUAUGCAGAGAAUAGCCAUAGUUUAUCAGGACCUCUUUGAGAGAGAAAGCAGAGACUGCUAACAAUUACACCAGGAUAGUGGACAUAAACUGGGGCUGUCCCAGGGAAAUCAAGGAUAUAGUCAUCCUAAUUAUAUAAAACUAAUUUCAAAUGACUACUUUGACGUAGGAUGACUGAUUGUAACUGUCUUACUUUUGAGAGCUAUAAAGUAUAUAUAUUUUUAUUACACUUGAUGCAGUCAUUAAGACAAAUUGCCCAUCAUUUUAUAUUCCAUCAGCUGAAAUCAUCAAAUCAAGAAUAAGGGUGUUGUAAGUUAUAAAUAUCAGUGCUACCAAGCAUCAGAUAAUGUAGGACCUCUUUUUAUAAAGUAUCAUACUGUACUUUUGGGACAUAAUCAUUUAUAGAUGAUUAUGGGUAGAAUGCUGAAUAUAGACAAAGUUUUUG